AUGGCGUACUUUGAGGGUAUUGACACCCCCAACAAGGGCGUCAACAUCCACGUUCGAGCCUUUGACGACACCACUAAGGCUGCUGCGUUGCAACUCAAGCCCAAGGCUCUCUUGUACACCAGCGUCCUGGUGUCGUUGCUGCAACCGUUCCAGAGCGGAUGGUCUACUUCACAAAUGAACCUGUCGCGGUACAACACAACGUCUGAGUGCGACGCUCGUCCGGUGACGAAAGGCACGUGCCUCAUGUUCCCUGGCCACUCGAACGACAAGUUCGGGCGUAAGAAGGUUCUGCUGUUCAAUUGCAUCUUCAUGAUCGCUGGAGGUCUCACUCGGGCGACUGUAUCCAGUAUUUGGGCAUUUGCUGCGGGGCGGUUCAUCGCCGGGUUGGCUUCCGGUACUGCAACGGGAACGAUUGGCGCGUAUGUGAACGAGUUGUCACCUCCCCACAUGCGCAACACUUUGGGUCUGGGGCUGCAGAUUUCGGUUACCAUCGGCAUCGUACUCCCGUCCAUUUACUUCUUCGUCGUCGCGGAAAGCAGCUAUGGAUACGGCUGGCGCUACUUGGCGGCGUUCCCGUGCGUCCUCGGAGUUUUGUUCUUGCUAUUUGCACCUUCACUCAGUGUGGAAAGUCCAGCGUGGUUGCUGACGCAGAACCGCCGAGAGGAAGCGCGCUUGGUGAUCGCCCGCCUGUACGGUGAACAGCAUGUCGGAAGGAGUCGGUGUUUGCCCCUGCAACUCGCGGGUGCCAUCUUGCUUUCGUGCGCCCAACAGCUCUCGGGAAUCAACGCCGUGUUCUACUACUCCGGCUGCAUUUUCUCCGACACGGGCGUUUCAGACUCACGCGUGGGCACGCUUAUCAUCGACUUCAUCAACGUUUGGCCGGCAAUUUUCACGGGUGUGCUCGCUGUCCGCUUCGGCAACCGCAACAUGAUCCUGUGGGGGUUGGCGGGCAUGGUCGUGAUGUCGAUCGGGAUGACGGUGGUUUUCAUCAUGGACGUGGCGGUUUUGGCCGUUGUAUUCACAGCUCUGUACGUGAUCGUGUUCGGCGUGACUCUGGGCCCGCUCGUGUGGGUCAUGACGGCCGAUAUGUUCCCGGACUCGAUCCGUGCUAAGGCGUCGUCCUUGUGCAUCGGCAUCAACUGGUUGUGCAACUUAAUUGUCGGCGUCUCGUACCCGCUCGUUCCUGAGACGUCAGGAAAGUCCGCGCAGGAGAUUCAGGCGGAGUAUGACCUGCGCCGCGACAAAUAA